CAAUGCGGCUCGCGAAACUCGUGGAAGUAAUCGAGGAUGCAUCAUCAUCUCUUCUCCGGCGAAAUCAAUCUAGUCAGCCGAGUGUCUGAAAUACUUGGAGGCCGACUUAGACCCAAUAGAAGUUUUAAGAAUCUUUACGCUCAUCAAGGGUGUGACAGACUACUCAGAGCAGGGGACGGAAGAUCGCCGUGUUCGAAGAGGAUAUGGAAACCGCUGAUCAUGAGAUCGCAAAAGAUGAUGUGGUAUAUAACUACCAGAGAAAUGCAUCUUUAUGCUUCUCGCCAGGUCAUUCAAUCGCUCAAGUGGUGAUUCAUCACAGCUUCCUUCGUUCCACAAGAUCCGUUAAGGCGGCAUUCUUUCCAUUAUGUUCUCCAAGAUCACAUCUCUUCUCGCCCUUGUGGCAACGGCCAACGCGCAUGGCUACCUCUCUUCUCCGAUGAGCCGAACUGGCUUGAAUGCGCAAUCUGGUGCGGAUACUUGCCCGGAGUGUACUAUCCUCGAACCCGUCACAGCAUGGCCAGACCUUGACGCCGCAAAGGUGGGUCGCUCGGGCCCUUGCGGAUACAACGCUCGCGUAUCUGUGGACUACAACCAGCCCGGCCCUCGUUGGGGUUCACAACCCAUCAUCACCUACAAAGGCGGUGAUGUGGUAGAUGUACAAUGGUGCCUUGAUGCCAAUGGUGACCAUGGCGGCAUGUUCAGCUACCGCAUAUGCCAGAAUCAAGCCAUUGUCGACAAGCUCCUAACCCCUGGGUACCUUCCGACUGAGGCAGAGAAGCAGGCAGCAGAAGACUGCUUCCAGGCCGGUGAGCUGAAGUGUACCGAUGUUCCCGGCCAGACGUGCGGUUACAACUCCGACUGUCAACAAGGCCAAGCUUGCUGGAGGAACGACUGGUUCACAUGUGGCGGCUUCAAUGACGGUUCGAAGUGCAGGAGCGUUGACAACGCAGCUCUCAACUCGUGCUAUACCAGCAUCGCUGGCGGAUACACAGUCAGCUCAAAGAUCAAGAUCCCCAACUACACGAGCAACCACACGCUAUUGUCUUUCAAGUGGAACUCAUUCCAGACUCCACAGGUCUACUUGACUUGCGCGGACAUCAAGAUCACAGGCAGCGGCCCAGGCGGCUCCACCCCACCCACUUCGAGCAAAGCUCCAACGACUACAACGAAACCGACUUCCACGGCGGUACCCAGCGGUUGCGCGACACCCGUUGCUACUGUAGCUGUGACAUUCGACUCCAAGACCACGACGGUCGUGGGCCAGACAGUCAAGAUUGUUGGGUCGAUCGCCCAACUUGGUAGCUGGAACACAGCCUCUGCACCCGCGCUCUCUGCGAGCCAGUACACCAGCGCGAAUCCGCUCUGGUCCACGAAGAUCAACUUACCGGCUGGCACCAGCUUCGAGUACAAGUUCAUCAAGGUCGAGAGCAGUGGUACCGUGACGUACGAGUCGGGUGCUAACCGUGUAUAUACCGUGCCGAAGGGAUGUUCGAGCACAGCCACCGUUGCUAGCACGUGGAAGUAGGCCUUUCGAUAAUCGUUUGGAUACGGGUGGCCACAAAUGUUCUGAGGGGCAGAGCAGGAAAGCUUGUGAUAUGUUAGUCAUUAUUGAACGCAUGGAAUUAUGUCAAACCCUCGUUGGAGCCAGCCGUGCAAAACUAAGCCCGUGAUGGAACAUGUUAUGAUUCCUGGCCGUGUUACAGAUAUUACCGUAUAAGUGUCGGAAUCUUUAGUGAUUCAACGUUCCGGCAAAACUCCGCGAGGGAAAUAUGCCAUGCUUGGGCUGUCGCAUCGUAGGGAACAACCUCAAGAACUCGGGAGGCUGGGAAGCUUCGUUGUUCGUCACGUGUCCGCGUCCAUGACGCACUAAUCUCCUCUAAGUCGCGGAUCUGACACGCUCAUCUCUUCCCUUCCUUUUUCAAAGUCUCUCGAAGCACAAACAUCA